AUGAGUUCCCCAAACCAGAGCAUCCAGCCAUCAUCAGCGGCCCAUGCCGGGUCGGAGCCUCUGGUGAACACUAUGUUUGAGAAGACGCCUCUGCUGGGCCUCGGGCUCUCGAUAGCCAUCGGCACCAUCUUCCUGGGCAAGUUCCUGUUUGGCAGCAGCGGAAGCAAAAAGCUGGCCUUCCCCUUGGUCAAGAAGGAUGGUGACGGGUACAAUUUUCUGGGCGACGCGCUCAAGAUGGUGGAGAAGGGGAGGAACGAGCACCCCGGUAUGCCCUUCUUCAUCGAGGGCGAGAACGGCCCGCUGGCCAUCAUCCCGCCCAACAUGAUUGAUGACAUUCGCAGCCACGAGGACCUAAGCUUCCAUCUCACGGUGCGGGAGGAUUUUCACGAUGGCAUGCCUGGGUUCGAGGCCUUCACCAUCACUUCUCGUGGCGGAGGUGUUUUGCAAAGUGUCAUCUCGAAGCAGUUGACCAAAUAUGUUGGUGUCAUCCUGAACAACCUGUCCGAUGAGGCAGCUUAUGCUCUGCACAAGAACUUUGGUGAUAAGACUGGUAAGAAGCCAUAUCUAAUGAGCUAUAACAUCCUCAAGGCGCACAAUCCUAACCAGCAUACAUCAGAAUGGCGGGAGCACACCAUCAAGCCAAUUAUUCUGGACACGAUAUCACGAGUGGCAUCCAGGAUCUUCCUAGGCGAGGAUCUGUGCCGCAACGAGGAGUGGCUGGAGCUGAGCAAAGGUUACACCAUCGCGGCCUUCAUGGCCGCCAGGGACCUGAGGCAAAGGCCCUUCCACCUCCGGAGGCUGAUCCAGUGGUUCGAGCCCAGCUGCAAGACGCUGCGCAAGUACCGCGACAGCUCCAGGGCUCUGAUUCUCCCCAUAGUCGAGAAGAGGCGCGCCCUCCGCCGUGAGUGCAUCGCCCAGGGCAAGCCGCUCCCCGUCUUCAACGACUGCAUCGACUGGUUCGAGGAGGAGGCCGCCGGCAGGCCCUACGACGCCGGCAUGAUCCAACAAGCCAUCGCUGCCACCGGCAACCACACUUCGUCCGACUUUACCACCAAGUUUGUCCUCAUCCUUGCUCAACAUCCCGAUGUCGUGCAGGAGAUCAGAGAAGAGAUUGUGAAGGUGCUCGGGGCUGAGGGCUUGACCAAGGCGGCCCUGGCCAAUCUCAAACUCUUAGACAGUGCGAUGAAGGAAACCCAGCGUCUGCAGCCUCUCACUACCUCCCCCAUGGCACGCAUGGCCACAAAGGACAUCCACCUCGCCAACGGCGUAUGCAUCCCCAAAGGGACCCCUCUGGUCAUCGACGGUAGCUGGCGGGUGAGCCCCGAGAUCUACGAGAAGCCGCUCGAGUUCGACGCGCACCGCUUCGUCAAGUGGCGCGGCACCGACAGGGAGAACAUGGCGCACUUUGUCAGCACCGCCGCCUCGCACACGGGCUUCGGGCACGGCAUCUACGCCUGCCCCGGCCGCUUCUUCGCCACAAACGAGCUCAAGAUCGUCCUGUGUCAGCUCAUUAUGAAGUACGACUGGAAGCUAGCAGAGGGAUCCACCGCCGAGCCGCUCGUCUUUGGCUUCAACCUGGACGCAUCUUGGGAUGCCAAGAUCAUGGUGAGGAGGCGAAAGGUGGUCGAGUUGGAUAUUGAUGCUUUGUCGGCGUAG